AUGAUGAAUUCUGUUUUCAGAGAUUGGGAUUUUUUCUCUGUCCCGAUUGUAAAGGGGAGAAUACUCCUGGUUUGGAAAAAGGAUAUGUUCAAAAUUACUAUUAUUGGUGUGGAAGACCAGUUUAUUCACUGUACUGUGAAGAUCAUGGGAGUUUUGUACCCAUUUUGCUUGACAGUAAUCUAUGGUAGGAAUCAUUUAGAGGAGAGGAAGAGGCUUUGCCAGGCCUUAGAUUCACUGAGUUUGCCAGUUCAACCGUGGUUAGUUGCGGGUGAUUUUAAUGUUGUUUUUUAUUUUGAUGAUAGAAUAGGUGGCCGUCCUAUCACUGAGAUGGAAAAGGAAGAUGCGUGUCAUUGGAGAGCAGAUUGUUUGAUGGCUGAAAUCCGUAGAAUUGGUGCUCAAUUCACUUGGUCCAAUAAGCAGAAGGGAGGUUCUCGAAUUUUUUCCAAAUUGGAUAGAGUUUUCAGUAAUGAAGCCUGGACUGAUGUUUUUCCUUACUCAGAAGCUCAAUUCAACUGGGAUGUAAUUUCUGACCAUUGUUACUGUGUUAUUAAACCUGUCCUUGGUCAGGUUUCAGGGCUGAAACCGUUCAAAUUUUUCAAUAUGUGGACAAAACAUGAGAAGUUUAGGGAGACUGUCCUGAACAGUUGGGGUGCUAAUGGAGUCUGUUCUGGUUUGAAAGGAAUUAGUCAGAAAUUGACUAAUUUAAAGUCUGUUUUGGUUCAGUUUAAUAGGAGAACAAUUGGGGAUAUACCAGGAAAAUAUCUUGCAGCCAAGGAAAAGUACCAGCAAGCUCAGUUUUUACUUCAACAGCAGCCUCAGUCUAAAGAGCUUCUUAGUGCAGAGCAAGAAGCUUGUUCUGAGUUUAUUCUCUGUGCUAAAAUGCAUGAGAGCUUUCUCAGACAACGGAGUAAAGUCACCUGGUUGAGAUAUGGAGAUGACAACACUGCUUUCUUUUAUGCAACUUUAAAACAGAGGUAUGCUUCUAAUCGGAUUACUGCUUUUGUCAAUGACCAUGGACAGAUAGUUGAUUGUUAUGAGGAUCUGAUCAAGCAUUUUGUUAGCCACUUUGCAGGGUUUCUGGGUAGUUCUAGUACUGCUACUGCUAGGAUUCAGCUGGCAGUGAUAAACAUUGGUAAAACCUUAAGCAUUGAUCAGCAACUCAGUUUAGUUAGACCUUUUUUCGAAGAAAGAUGUUAA